AUGACGAUGACCGAGGAUCGACUCUUUGCGACGAUUGCUCAACCGAUCUCCGUCAUGAAUAUUCUAUUGAACAUUUUGCUCAUUGUGGUGAUUCGAUUGAAAUCGGGAAAAGAGAUGAGUGCAUAUAAACAUAUACUAACUCUGCAGACACUAUUGUCACUGGGAUUCGCCUCACUGCAAGCUGUCUCAUUGCCGUACUGGAUCUCCGUCCCAGGCGCCUUUGUGCUGAUGCCAACCGGAAUACUUCGUGACACACCCUACGGAGCCUGGGUCUGUUAUGUACUGUGUGGACUCUGUGGAGAAGUGAAUGUGAUGUUGGCAACGACUUUCCUUUUCAAUUACAUCAAUAUGUGCAAACCAUCUCUCAAAAUGUAUCUCCGAUCAACUACUGUAAUCCUUGUCGUGGCGUUUGUCCAUUUCUCGUUGACGAUCAUUUGGACAGUUGUUGUGGAGAUAUUUUGUGGCGCUUCUGAUACAGUUUACUCGUUGGCAAAAAGAACCGGCUAUGGCGAAAAAUAUUCAGAUAACAAAAGGAGCCUUUAUGGGAUUUGCACU